AUGAUUAUACGACAUCUGCAUACAAUAAGAAGAUAUCAUAACUUAAUACGACAGUUUUCAUCGCAAACAAUAUGUUCAAAUCAAAAACCUUCUACAACCACUAUUGAUGAUUUAGAAUUACCAUAUGAUAAAUCAAAAAGAAUUUUCUUAAAACCUGGUCAAAUCAAGAAUAGGAAGAAGAAAAAUAAUAACAAUAACCCAAAAUCAGCAAGUAUACUACGACAAUCAACAAAACAGCCACCAAAAGUUAAUUUAAACAUUUUCUCCGAAAUUUAUGAAAAUAAGCUAAACAACCCUAAGAAUGAAGAUGACGAUUUAUUCAAACAUAUUGCAAGUUUCAAACCAUUUGAAAAAACCAUAGGGGUGAAAAGAUUUGAGAAUUUGAAAAAACAUUUGGACGACUCAUUUACAAAGACUCAAAUCUUAAAGUACCUAAAUAAUAUAUCAACUACUACAAAAUUCAAUAAGAGGACAACUAAAAAUGAUUUAAUGGAUAAACUUAUACUCAAUUUUUGGAAAAUUAAUAAAUCUUCAGACUCAAAAUUAUCAAUUAAUGAAAUUAUAUUAAACAAUAGAGUAUUUGAAAUAAGUCCCCAACAAAGAUUUUUAAUUGAUCCAAAACGUUCAAAUUUUUUAAAAAAUUUAAUAACUUCUUUGAAUUUAAAGGUCAAAUAUACAAAUUCCAAAUUAAUAGUUUCAGGAUUAUUAUCAAGUCUAAAUUACUUUGAAGCCGAGUUAGUACAAUUUAAAAAUAAUUUAAAAGUUGAAGAAAUUGAGUUACCAUCUUUUGCAAAUAUCAAGGAAUUAAACUUUGAGGAAAUAUCCAGAAAUUCGUCUGUAUUUUUCACACCAUUGCCUAAAAAUAAGUUCCAAAUUUUUGCAAAUUCUGAAAAUGAUAUAAAUGUUGCAAAAAGAUUGAUAUCUUGGUCAAUCGAUAAAAAUCCUCAUAUUCAGACUAAAAUUUUCAAUGAAAAAGAAUUACAAAAUGUCCAAUUCAUUCCAUUUUUGAAUAACGAAGUAUGGUCAUGGUAUGAUAAGCAAUUUCAAUAUUACAAUAUUUUCAGAAAUAAGGACCUUAAACCAGGUUUGAAAACAGGUAAUGAAAUUAUUUUUGAGAAGUUUGAUAAAAUGAAUGAAAAUUUUCUUAAUCUGAAACAAUUAGAUGAUUUGGUUGAUCACAAAUUAUUGUUGAAUGUUGAUAACUCAAAUGAAAAUGAGUUUGUUGAUAAAUCAAUUUCUGAUGAUAUAUUAAAUAUGUUGAAAGGAUCAUCUACAAAUGAAGCUGCCAUAGAUGACGAUAAGUUUAAUUUGGAUAAAGUCUUAGAAAACAGAGAAAAAUCAGCCAACAGUACAGAUAUAAAUGAAAAUCACAGUAAUCUUGAAGAAUUAAGACAUGAAUUAGGUAAAUUUUCUGAACAGGAUUAUGACCCAAAUGAGUUUCCUGAUGUUUCAAAUUUAAUAGUCGAUGUUGAAGGUCAAGGUAAAGUACAAAAUAAUGAUAAAAUCUUGGAUAAUUUGAGAACAGAGUUGGGAGCGUAUAGUAAAGAUGAUGAUGAUUCAAGUUUAGGCUUAUUUGAUGAUUUAUUGGAAGAUUCAGACAAAUAUGGAACAAAUUCUAUAUUGCCAGAAGAACCAAAUUUUCAACCAGAGGAACCACCUAUUUCAAAAUCAAACAAAGACGUUGAACAACAUGUCUUCACAAAUACCGAGAUUGAUGAUUUAUACAAUAAAUUGAACAAUACAAGUUUCACUGAAGGGUUGAAUGGAACUUCAAAAGAUUCUGAGUCAUAUUCUGCAUAUACCACUCAAUUCGGAUCAUUAUUAUUGAAGACCCCCAAAUUGGACACAAAUUUAUUACCACCACCGAUAGACUCAGCAAAUCUUGAUUCUACUGACAAAAAUCAAUACGAAUUCUUAACAAAUGAACCAUACUUAAUAGAUCAAGCGAUAAAUUUACCAAUAUUAUAUAAUAACGGAAAUCAAAUUUUUACAAACAAGAUACAAAUAAAAUUAAUUCCUUCUAUUUUCAAUAACCAAAAUCAAGAUUAUUCAAAUUAUCCACCAAUUGAAAUUCAAGCUGAUUUAAAUGAUUGGGGUCAAAUAAAAUUAGAAACUUUAAAAAUUUUAUCAAUUGAAUCAAUGAAUCAAUAUAAUGUAUUAUGUCCUAAUUUGAUUAAUGAUUUAAAGAUUUCAAAAUUGAUAAUUGGUGAUUUAUUAUACCCUCAAAAACCAGUAAAACAAAGUAAGGAGACAGAAACAAAAUCAAGUGACGAAGUUGAUGAACAAUACCAAGCUUUCAAAAAUCAACCAGAUCUAAUCAAUUUCAUCAAAAACUCCAAUUUAAAUUUCAAUUCAAAAUCUAAAUCCAAAAUCAACUUACCAAAUUCUAUAAAUUUAAACAUUAAUGGAACUAAUAUUAUUUAUGAUUUUUUACAUAUCUUAUAUAAAACAGACUUAAAUUUUGAAUUUAAUAAUAAUAAAGAAUUAAUUUUAAGUAUAAUUGAAGGUGGUUCAUUAAAUGGUCAAAAAUUUGAAAUUUUAAUUGGUGAAAAUGGUAAUCUUUCCAAAACUGAAUUUAAGAAAUUUUUAAAUGAUUCAAUACAAUUUUUGAAAGAAAUUUCAUGA